GAGAAAGUGAGUAAUUGUAUUUCUCAAUUGGGGAAAGAAUCCCCCAUAAUUAGCCCCUUGGGGUCUAUUUAUAGGUAAGAAUGUGGAUUUGGGCCCCUAGCCUUGGGCUUAGGAGGCCCAUUACAAUAAUCAUGCCUUCUUUGGGCGAAUAAGGCCACUAAUGGGCUGAGUACAACACUUAGUACAAAAAAUGGGAAAAUAUAUUCCGCCCGGACGAAGUCCGGACGAAGCGGUCCAUGGACGAAGCGGUCCAUGGACGAUGCGGUCCACGGACGAUGCGGUCCAUGGACGAUGCGGUCUACGGACGAUGCGGUCCAUGGAAAUCAGGCGAUAUCUUCUCUUGUGGGCGUCACGUGCCUUUUGCCGAUGCGGGUGUCCCGCUGGUGUCUUUUGGGCCGUUGAGUAGGUGGGCCAUGGGGUCCAGGCCCAUAUACUCUAUCAGGAGUCCCCCACUCUCUGAGCUGAGGUGAAGCCGAAGCGAAAGGGAGUACUUGUUCCUUUUUGGCUGGCCGAAGAGUUCCUGUUUUGAUUUUGGAUGAAGCGAUUCCCUUAUUUGAGGUAGAUGAAGCGCGCUUGGGAACUCAUAGCCUUUAUGCGGGCCGAUGCACACUCUGUGUAAGUGCUCUUGAAGACGAGGCGAUGUGCUUUCUUUUUUGUAGAUGAUGUGAUGAAGCCUUGGUGGAUAAGUUGGCAUGCUUUCGUCGUCAUCUUGCUGGGGCCGAAGAGCUUCCUCAUGACUCCUUGGCCGCAGCGAUAACUUUGUCUUAUGAGGUGAGGAUGGUUGAUUUUGUCUACGUGGACGAUGCGAUGCGCACCUUUGUUUUUGUUAUGGUGAGACGAUGCGGCCCUCUCAGUGUACGUAGCCGUUGCGUUAGAUUUUUUCUUUAUCUUGGGGUUCUAAUUCCUGGGUUCUGUAGCCGAUGCGAUCCCCAGUUUUUUUGUUGUUGGCAAGCCGUAGCGCACCCUUUUGUACUAAGGCCGUUGCGCUCUCUCUUCUUGUGGCCGAUACAGUCCCCCAGUCCCCCACUCCUUUGGCUGAAGAGCAUCUGAGGCACAAGGGAGUAAUGAGCCGAUCCGGUACCUAUGCGUUGGUCGUGACUCCAACCCUUAGGCGAACCUGUCCAAGGUAACCCUGUGGGAGAACCCUUGGACGAAGGCCGCAAUGCCAGGGUUAUCAUCGACGAUGCGCGCACAAGCAGCCGUGGCGGUCUAUUUAAGGUUUCUUGGGUUGUCGUGAGGACGUAGGGUUAGGCCGAUGCGUUCCUUUUUCGGCCGUAUGGGCCGACGCUUGCUUUGAAGCUCUGUGGUACUUGGGCCGUAGUGGUUUUUGGCCGAUGCCUUGCUCUUUGUAAGGUUGAGUUGGGCCGUAGGGGUGCUUGCGUGAGUGAUUUUUGAAUUGUUGCCCCCUGAUUGGUUGGGAGAAGGGUGGCCGUUGUCGUGGCCAAUGCGUGGGUGCCACGUGUAGUGACCGUUGGAGGAUGUUUAUAAAUACCCCCUCAUUCCGCAGCCCCUUCCUCAUUUGCUUUUGCUAGAGUUGAAGUGCUGCUGAGAUUUCUAGAGAGAUAAAGUGCUUCCAGAAAUCUUCAAGUGUUUCUUCGGAUUUUCACCUACUCCAAGGUUAGGUUCUUGACUUGUUCUCCCUUUUUUCUUUAUACUUUGCUUCCUAGGGGGUUAGAUCUAGUGUUUCUAGGAAAAAUCACUUUGAUCCUCGAACAACCCUUAGGACGUAGCAUAGUUGUUAUGCCGUUCCCUGACGGCCGUAGCGUCCCCUCCCCUCUUAACUUAACAGCUUCUUUAGACGAGUCGGCUUGGCCUUUUGACGACGAGGACCCGUCUCCUGGAGUGAAUCUUGAGAUAGUUCGAGCGUUUGAAACAGAGAUGGAGAAUACUGCCGAUUACCGCACUUCUCAGGACGAGGAGCGUCUGAAUGAUGACGCGGGUUCCCAACAAUCGGGUGAGGACGAGGCGAGCUCAGAACCCAAGCUUCGGGGAGAUGAAGCGGGUGAUGCCUCUUCGGCCGCCAUCCCCUGCCCCCCACCUAUUUCGUCUGUGCCGGGUGUGGCGUCGUCUUCUAGGGUUACCAAGGAACGCGCGUCGCGUCGGAGGAAGCCUGCGGCUGGCGGGUUGUCCCAGUUGGACUUGACAAAUCUGUAUGUCAUAAGGCCCGAGGGCACCCGAGGUGAUUAUCAUUUGGCUCAGCUGUAUGUUGGGCCUUAUGGAAAGGUGAGGGAGCCUAGGCCGACGGACCAUGUUCUGGAUCCUCCUCCUGGGUACUUCGGGGUUUAUCCGAUGGGGUUCUCGCAAGGACUACGGUUUCCGCUGCCCCCUUUUGUGAUUGAGUACUUGAGGAUGGUAGAUCUCCCCCCGGCGCUGUUGACGCCGAAUAGUUUCUCACUGAUCGUCGGGUUCCUCAUCCGCUGCGACGAGCUGGGUUUUGAGCCCACGACGGCCCUUUUUACAAAUUUGUUCCGGAUCGGCCGAGGGAGCCAUAAGAAUUGUGCUGGUUAUGCUACGCUUCAGCAACUUCCGGAGAAGAAAUCUUUCAAAGAUCUCCCUUCGUCUAUCCAUGGGUGGAAGGCGAAGUUUGUAUUCGUGAAGUUGGCCGAUGGGGUUUUCUUUCCUUCGCAAGGGCAUAAUGGUAAUUUUAGCCUGCAUGAUCCGCCGCGUAGCGCUGAGCUCGAUGCCCAAGUUGAGGCAUUCCUAAAAGGUGGGCCGAGGAGUGUGAACACGUACAUUACUGAGUUUAAGAUUGCGGCUCUUGGGAUGAUGCGGUAUUACAUUCCUGGCGACCCGGAUUGUGGUUUGUGGCCGAAGAUCUCUGGCUCUUUUGAACAGGCCGAUGGGCCACUUCUAGGGAUUCCGGCCGAGGCCGAAGGUUACGAGAUGAGUCGUAAAAUGUUCAUGGCUCAGGCCAAGAAGCAGGUUGCCAAGGAGUUGGAGGCUGCCCAGCGAGCCGAGGCGUCCAAGGGUUCUGGAGACGGCUCUAGGGGUAUUGCUGAUGCGGCAAAAAAGCCGGUGGUGAAGAGGAAGAAGACUGCUGAGGGGCAGCGUACUCUUACUGAGGCGGGUCUGGUGCCGGCUGAAGGCGCCAAGAAGACGAAGCCGAACCCUCCUCCCAAUGACGCUCCUUUGGCCGACACGCAGGCAUCGUUCCAAGGGGGAGCCGCUUCUGAUGUGCCCAUCAUCGAGGAUCUGACGUUGAACGUCGCCUCGUCCGCCCUUGCUCCUGCUAAGUCCGGGGCUGCUGCGAAGAAGAGUGCCCGUGCUGACCGAGACCUGACCUCCGGUCUUUAUGAGGUGACGGUGCGGUACCCGACCAAGGGCGGGCUUUUUAAUGAGAAGGUGUCUGGCCACGACGUCUUGUUCCAGGCCAUUCCCGAUGCCGACAGGGAGUACCUGCGUCGGCAGAGCAAGGAUGUGCGUCUCUUCGACGGCGGGCUGGACUACGUCGUCCAGGUGAGUCCUGACUCUUGUACUUAGUAAUAUUUUGUAUUCCCUUCUUCUUCUAAUGUUGCAUGCUUCUGCAGGGUGCCUUCAUGCUCAUGGAGCAGCAGCGGCGGCAGGACGAGGAGCUUGCUCGCCUUCGCGAAGCUGAGAAGAGAGCCGCCUCUGCUGACGAGGCGCUUUCCCAAUUGGAGCGGCUCCGGACUGAGACUGACUCCUUGAAGGAAAAGUCUGAUGCGGCUGAAAGGAGAGCCGUCGCUGCUGAGGACGAGGCGAGGCGCCUCAAGGUUCAAUUGGACGAAGAAGCGGCUGCUCGUCGGCUUGCAGAGGAAAGAGCUGUGAAGCUAGAGGCCGAUGCGAUUGCAGCUGCUGACAGAGCCGUGGAGCUCUUCAUGGCCGAAGGGUGGAAGGACGAGACCCGGCGCGACUGGAGUUUUGAAGUCGUGGCGGAGCGCUUCGAGGCGUGGUCUCAGAAGGAAGCUGGCCGAGCCCGCCUGAAAGAGGAGUUUGAAGUCUGGUACGACCUCGGCCAGAGGCGUAUGCAGAUGUUGGUUUACCGACGCCUCCGCCGUCGCGUUAAGAACCUGAAGCCCAGGGGUAUCGGCCUUCCUCGGAUAAUGAAGGACCCCGAGGAGGAGUUGAAGCUCCCACUGUCCGAGAGGCAACCCCCCAUUCUGAGCUCUAGCGAGGAAGACGGGCCCUGGACCGAGAGUGACGACUACCUCUUUCGGAGCUCGGCUAAGUCCAAGAAUACCGAGGAUGAGCAAGAUGAUGCGGACAGCGGAGCCGUUGAGGGUGGCCAAGGACGAGCUGCUUAGUGCCUUGUACUUCUUUUUUAUAUUCAUAGUUGUAGCCCCAAUGGCCGAAGCGCCCUAGUGUAUGUAAUGGCCGAAGCGCCCUUUUUGUAAUGGCCGAAGCGCCCUCUUUUUGAAUUAUUAAUGAUAACACCUUUGUUCAAGUAUGAAUGUUGUUCCUUGCUUCAUUUUCUCUUUUAUGUUUGGCCUUUGGUUUGUCAGUGUCGCGUCGUCUUAGUGACAUUGCUUUGCAAGUUUUUAUCUUGGCGAAUUUGCCAAGUCUGAGACGAUGUGUUCCAUCGUUUCCUUUGUGUUGAUGUGGGGGCACCCUCGCCUUACUGGUAUGUGUAUGAGGACGUUGCGCGUGUUCCUUGUAUCUGAUGUUUAGGGGCGAUGCGCCCCUCCGUCCGAACUGUUGUGUUUAGAAAAUGUUUCAAAAAUUUACCAAGUGUUGAAACUUUUUCUUUGCGCUGCGCUACGUCCCUUGCGUCUUAGGUAAGGUAUCGCCCCAUAGUUUCGAAAUCUUUCUAAGCGCCAAGAGUUAAUCUUGUGACAUCCGUCAGCUGAGACGUAGCGACCUCCUUACUUUGAAGACGAAGAGCCUCGUCGUCCCUAGAUGAAUUCCAUUUUUGCCUUUACAUUUUUCCCGAGUCAACUUCUCGGAACUUAAUUCUGAAGUGUUGAGGACGUAGCGCAUCGUCUCUCUUGUAGUGCGACUUAGAAAAUGUUCUAAGUGGCAAGCUUUCUUGAUGUAGGUGUUUUGCUUUGGUUCGUCACUCGGGUUUUGCUAAUUGGAGACGGUGCGUCCCAUAGUCCGAGUAAUGGACUGGUUUUGUAUAACCGAAGCCGAAGCGAUUCCCUUUUUGAUGCUACGGUUGAGGCCGACGCGUGCACUUCGGAUCUUUAUAUAGUGAAAACCUGAGAUGUACUUAGCCAACUUUGAGGCUUUAGUUUUUGUGGGGAUUUUAUUUUAUGCUCGAGGCCGGCGAGUGCGCGGUCCGUCGGCUUCCCUCUUUUUUUUUUUUUUUUUUUUUUUUUUUUUUUUUUUUUGGGUGGCCGAAGGGUUACUGUCCCUUCGUCCAUGUGCGGUAGUUUAUCCGCUACGCUUUUCGCGUGAACUAAUGCGAGGGAGUAAAUACGCCCUCGGCUUGGUGUCAGUGGCAUCUUUUUUUUUUUGCCUUUCCACGUCUAUCGUCGACGAGGGACCGGACUAGGCAUCGUCUCAUGACGGCCGCCCUUUGUGGUCCUGAGCGAAAUUUUACUGACGGGUGGAGUUUUUGUAACCUCAGCCUUAAUUCAGGCCUGUCGUCCUGCGGUUUCCGCGCGGACGACGCGGUAUGCUUCUCCGUUUUGAAGACGUUGGACCAUGCACACAGGUCCUUCGUCCUGCAUAUCGCCGGCCGAUUUGGGUGUUUCACCGCUUGUGCCGAUACGAUAUUUAGGUGCGUUGUUUAUUGCAACGGCUUUUGUAGGCGCGUUGUGGAUCGCAACGGCCUUAGGUGCGUUGUGUAUUGCAACGGCUUUGGGUGCGUUGUUUAUUGCAACGGCUUUGGGUGCGUCGUUUAUUGCGACGGCUUUAGGUGCGUUGUUUAUUGCGACGGCUUUAGGUGCGUCGUUUAUUGCGACGGCUUUGGGUCGUAUCGGACCCGGGUGAUUGCACCACUUAGGCCGAUGCGGUCCUUAGGUUUCCCUUCGUUCAAAUCUUAAAAGAUUGGAUGAAACAUGAAUUUUAUUCAAUAAGUGGCGCUAGGCCGGGGGUGUUUUAUUCAACCACUAAGCCGAGGGGUGGGGGACGUUGCCCGCUUCACCGCUUCUCGAGUUAUUGGUAAAAUUUCACCAGGUGGUGUACAUUCCACAAUCGUGGUACAUCUGACCCAUUAGGGUUCUUUAGUCUAUAAGUGCCGGCUCUGAUGACGGCGCUGAUGAUGUAGGGCCCUUCAUAUUUGACGGCGAGCUUUCCUCCUUCCGUCGGCUUGCUUGCUUCCCGUCGGCGGAGGACGUAGUCCCCCACUUGGAAUUCGCGGGAGCGUACCUUGGCGUCAUAGUAGGAUUUGACUUGGCGUCUGUAGUUUUCUGCCCGAAGGUAAGCCAUCUCCCGUCUUUCGUCAAUGAGGUGCAAGUCAAUCUUCAUGGCUUCUUCAUUGGCCUCGGGGUCGUAUUGUGUGACCCGUCGGCUGGGAAGCGUCACCUCAGUGGGAGCCUUGGCUUCGAAGCCGUAGCACAAGGAGAAUGGUGUCUCCCCGGUGGCCCUCCUCGGCGUUGUGCGGUAGGACCAUAUGACGUUGGGGAGCUCGUCGACCCAACUUCCGCCUUCUUCCUCGAGUUUCUUCUUUAGCCCCUCCAAGAUGGUUCUGUUGGCGUUCUCAACUUGCCCGUUGGCCUGGGGGUAGGCGACGGAGGAGAAACGGUGCUUGAUACCCCAUUCUUGGAGGAGGCUUUGGAACGGUUCGGCCUCAAACUGGGUGCCGUUGUCUGAUAUGAUCUCCUGAGGCACGCCGAAGCGGGUGAGAAUGUUCUUGUAGACGAACCUUCGGCACCGUGCUCCGGUGAUGCUUGCGAGCGGUUCGGCUUCGACCCAUUUGGUGAAGUAGUCGAUGGCGACGAUGAUGUAUCUGUUGUUGCCCGCUGCUCUUGGUAGUGGGCCGACGAGGUCGAUGCCCCAUCUGGAAAAUGGAAUGGCGGUGCUGACCGGGGCGUAGUUGACGGCGGGUCGGCCAGGUGCCCUUUGAUAGUGUUGGCAUGCGGUACAUCUGCGGGCGACCUCAGCACAAUCGCGCGCCAUCGUCGGCCAGAAGUAGCCUUGGACGACGAGGCGGCGCGACAUGCUGAAGGGCCCCUGAUGUGAUGAACAGACGCCGCAGUGGACUUCUUCCAUGGCCACUUCGGUCUCAUUCUGAUGUAGACACCGGAGGAGGGUACCAUUGUAUGAUCUCUUGUAAAGCUUGUCACCCUCAAUGACGUAGCUUGGCGCCCUAAGCUUGGCUAGUUUGGCCCUCUCCUCGUCCUCGGGUAGUGUGCCGGAGGUGAUGUAUGUUGCGAUGUCAGUGAUCCAGUCCUCCGGCUGGUGCUGUAUGGAGAGUAUGGGGCUUGCGUGAAUGCUUGACAUGCUCAACUCCUCCACCUUAGCUAUCUUGGAGAUGUGCUCAGGGGUGUCGGAGCUUAGUUUAGAGAGGAUGUCGGCCUCGGCGUUCUCCGCCCUUGGGAUCUGAGUGAUCUCGUAGGUGUCGAACGCCUUGAGCAAUUCCGCAGCGGCCUCCUUGUAUUGCUUCAUCCUCCCUUCUUUGGCCUCGUAGGAACCCUCCAUUUGGUUCACUACGAGUUUGGAGUCGCAUUUGACUCUGACGUGGCGCGCUUUGAGGCCAGCGGCCAGUCUGAGUCCGCUAAGGAGCGCUUCAUACUCGGCUUCAUUGUUGGAUACCUUGAAAUUGAAGCGGAUGGCAUAGUAUGCUCUGAAUCCUUCUGGGGAGAUGAGGACGACGCCACCCCCACAAGCUUUGGCGGCCGAGGACCCGUCCGUGUAGAGGGUCCAGGCUUCGUCUGGUUCAGCUCCUGUGGUGGUAACGGCCGUCUCCCUUGCCGUGCAUUCGGUGACAAAAUCAGCCAAGGCUUGCCCUUUGAUGGAUGGCCUCGGCUUGAUCUCAAUCUGGUACUGGCUCAGGAAUAUUGCCCACUUGAUCAUCCUUGGAGAGCUGGUUGGGCUCCUCAUGAGGGCGCCCAACGGCUGAUGCGUGAGGACGUGGACAGGGUGGGCUUGAAAAUAGUGCCCCAGCUUCUUCACGGUGUGGACGAUGGCCAGCACCGUCUUCUCAAUGGGGGAGUACCUGAGCUCGGCCUCCCGCAGCGUCUUGCUAACGUAGAAUAUUGCCUUUUGCACCCCGUCGUCUUCCCUGAUGAGAACUGAGCUAAUGGCCGACGUGCUCACCCCCAAGUAGAGGAAGAGAGUCUCGCCGGGUUGGGGCUUGGAUAGGACGGGUGGGGAGGCGAGAUAUUGUUUCAGCUCUUCAAAGGCCUGUUGGCACUCCGUUGUCCACUUGAAGCUAGUGGCCUUUCUCAUUAUUUGGAAGAAGGGGAGCGACUUCUCCGCGGACUUUGAAAGGAAACGGUUCAGGGCCGCAAGGCGUCCCGUCAGCCGUUGUACUUCUUUGAUGUUGCGGGGUGGCUCCAUGUUGAUGAUGGCUUGUAUUUUCUCCGGGUUCACCUCGAUGCCCCUUCGACUGACCAGGUACCCCAGGAAUUUACCUCCCUGGACGCCGAAGGUGCACUUCUUUGGGUUGAGCCGGAGGUUGUAUCUCUUCAUGAUCUCGAAGAUGCCCCGGAGGUCGUCGGCAUGGGUUGUGGAUCGUUUGCUCUUGACGAUCAUAUCGUCGACGUAUGCUUCCAUCGUCCGACCUAAGACUGCUCUAAAAAUCCGGGCUACCAUCCUUGUGUAGG